AUUCCCUGACCUCGAUAUUUACGUGUUCAGGCAAAAUACAGAAGGGGAAUAUGCCAUGUUAGAACAUGAAUCAAAACCUGGCAUUGUGGAGAGUUUAAAAAUCGUCACGAAAGAAAACACCUUGAGGUUUGCUAGAUGGGCAUUCGAAUUCGCAAGGAGGGAAGGAAGAAAAAAAGUUACAGUCGUCCAUAAGGGUAAUAUUAUGAAAUUAUCUGACGGUCUUUUCCUGAAAACCGUUCUAGACGUAGCCAAGGAUUACCCAGAAUUAACAGUGAAUGACAUGAUCAUAGAUAAUUGUUGUAUGCAAAUUGUCUCAAGACCGAAAACUUUCGAUGUGAUAAUCACACCCAACCUAUACGGAAAUAUUGUGACGAAUACCAUUUGCGGACUGAUCGGAGGACCUGGACUGAUUUCUGGUCAGAAUUAUGGCGACUACAAUGCAGUAUUCGAAGUUGCAUCCAGACAUAUUACGUACGAAGAUAAAGAGUUCGUCAACCCGAUAGCAAUGCUCAAUGCCUCUAAGAACCUCCUAUAUCACUUGAAGAAGGAUGAUCAUGCUGAGCUGAUAAGGAAAGCAAUUUAUAAAACUCUCGUUGAAGACAAAAUCCAUACCCCUGAUAUAGGAGGAACAAACUCUGGAGCCGAGAUGGUAGAAAGCAUCAAGAAAAAUAUCAAAUUAGGAAUGAAGGAAUCGAAGAUAGCCAGUUUUUAAACUUGUUUCAUAUGAAUUUGCUUACUUUUUAUAUUUGCACUUGUAGAAUAUGGUUUCAUGAAAA